AUGGCUCCUAUGUUCAGCAAAUUUGUUGACGGCGAGAUUUCCCCCAAGACUCCCCAACCUGCGCCUGGAGAGGAUCACCAUCAUCCAUGCAAAGAGCGUGAUACAACCAAAACUCAGCAGCAUGCAAAACUUGAAGUUCGGGUGCCAGAGCUGCUCAGUCCUCAGGCAAUUCAAACUGAGAUGGGGCUUUCCAAAGCAAACACAUCCGAAAAGGAAGACAUCAAAAUGACUCCACCCAGGUUACAGACAUGGAACGAUGAAAGGACUGGGCUUUCUCUGGGAAAUGGACAGCUGAGGAUAAGUAUCCACGACUGGCGGACCUCUUGGCCGACAUUCAUCGCGGGAAACAACCCCACUGGUAAUCCCAAAUGCGAUCUUGAGGCUGUCAUCACAGAGUCCGAUAUCAUACGUAUUGACUUUAAGGUCCCCACCGAUUACCCCGGUGGCAUGCUGGGGAUCCUGAGAUCGAUCGAAGCACUCUUCAUAUCCCCAAAACGUGUAUCCAUGAGCAACAUCGAGGCUGGCUCUGUACCAGCUCAUCGGGAGUCGAGAAAUCCAAAGAAGGACUGCUAUUACAUCAAAUGGACGACCCCGUGGGAGACAUCAGGAUGCCGAGUGAGCUGGAUGAAGGCAGAAGAAAAUUCACAAACCAUAAAGUUCAAGUUUGUGGGUGCCAGAAAUUCGGGACAUGAGGAGCAAUUAAUGGUCACCGUUGAUGAGCAUGAUGAGUUUUAUCGAAAGCUCUCCAGCAACGACCCUAACAUUUACGGCAAAUGGAUGGCACUUCCAGUCCGGAUUUGGCUGCGCAUUCAAUGGCUGGUGGCAAAGACUGGCGACAUAGACAACCAAUUGUUUGGAGGGUUACCUUUCGAUCAAAACCCCUCUCCCUCUACCAAGAGGAAUAAAGGCAAGAAGCAAUCAAAGAGACUGCCAAAGAGAGCUGAAGAAGGAAAUUCAGCGGAUGAAAAGUCAAAUGCCUCGGUUGUGCCAAGUCCUGAGCCGUCAGUGUUAGGGCAAGAACAUACGAUGGAGACUAUGGGAAGUCAAGAGUCGACAAAGAAAGAGUCAACCCAGCAGGAGCUGACAAAGAAGGUAUCUACACUCAGAAUUGAUACCCAGAAAAGCAUCAGAAGGUCAAAGGGCAAAGGGAAGGGCAAGCGCAAGUGCACACCUGGUUUGUCUAGUUCUUCUGGCUGCAACACAGGAAAGAAGGAUACAGCCGACUUCACAGAUCAACGUGAUGACCAGUGUGAUUCACUUCCGGGAGUGCAGGACAGUGCUCGACAGGAUGUCCCGACUGAGCAGCAACUUGCGGCAGUUGCUGGCCCACAAACAGUCAAUGCCUCCCGGCUCCCUACCCCCAAUGACUUGACUACCCCAUUGUCUUCAUCAUUCGAGACAGCCCAAACCCAUCUCUCCCCCCACACUCCCUUCCCCUCAUCCUCACUUUCAUGUUUCUUCACACCUAUGGAUAUCCCGUGGAAGAAAGAUGAGGAUGAUGGGGAAAGGGAAAGAUUUCGGAUCAGCUGUUUCUCACUCCGCGGGGGGGAUGAGAUUGGGCUUGGGGGCCCUGUCUCGAACAAGAGGGACGAGGUGCGGUUCUCCGACCCUGAAGAGUACCUUGACGGCCACAAGGCGCAGAAAAAAGCCUUGCGUCGAAGGCGAUUCAAGGGCCAGGACACCGCAUCCUCGUCCCCAAUGGCCGACCCUCCAUCGUCUCCCCGUGCCUCUUCUAACUUGUCUACCACAGACUCAGCUGGGUUUGGGUCAGAUAAACCUAACACAGAUGACACCGUCCAGCCAGACGACCAAACUCCAACCGAGUCUAGCCGACAUGUCAAGAAGACUGCAUACAAGAGGAGGAAGCAGGAAAGACGGAAGCGCAAAAACUUGAUGAAGCGUCAGCAAGAGCGCAGUGAGAAGCUCGAGCGCCCCGUCUCCAAUGCUUCUUCCCAGGACGAUGGUGUGGAAGGUCGUUCUCCGUCUCCACCCGAGUCGUUCGAGGAUGAUGAACCAACUCCCACAGCCAAGCAGUUCGGCAACAUCGGGGCUCCGUCCCCUGAAUCGCAGUGGGACUUCGGCAGGAUCGCUGUACUUUGCGAGAAGCACGGCUGCCAAGUCCUCUGUGGCUUCGGGGAUGGAGUCUCCGUUGUUUGCCCUAAGUGCGGACCGUUUUCUGAGGUCCGCUACUGCGGCAAGGACCACCUGUGGGAGGAUGUCAAGAUGCAUUGGCUGGUUUGUGGGACCCGACCUGUCUACCCGCAGCAGCUCUUGGCCGGUUCGAUUCCAUACGACGUUCUCGUGGGUCCACCAAUGCUUCCCAGCCUUCACCAGUGGGACACCCCUGAGCGCCAUCGUCAGGCGGUGUGGUUCAGUUCCGCCCGUGACCGAGGUGACUACUUCGUGUUCGCGGAGUGGGACGACCUGGCGAAGGCUGCGGACGCUCCAGCCAGUCACGUUGGGCUGCGAUGUUCAUCUCGAAUCGCACACAUUGUGCGAUUUGAGAACGCCGAAGAGAAGGACCGGUUCCGCCGGUGCCUUGCAGUUUGUCUCUUCUCGGCGGUUGAACAUCCAGCCCUCGUGGACUAUCUUUACCGGCUUGUCCGGGACUGGAUGCGGGCUCACGACAUGUGGGCCAGUGACAAGGACAUGGACAGCAUGUUGCGCUACCAGAUGGGACUCGAGAUGGGUAACACCAUCGAUAAGAGCCGUCUUGGUUUGCGGCAUGCUUGUGAGACGGAGUGGGUCGGUGCCAACCGACGCCACUGCGAGGAUUCGACCUGCGCGAGCGAGCGUCGCCCCACGUUGCUCGGUAACCAGUGUAUGGGGUUGGGCUUCCGGAGAGUGUGCGAAUACCUCGAAUCCAACUAUUGGAUUCUGAGGGCGCACCGAGCCACCCAUCCUUCGGUGAGCGACGUGGUGGCUCGCACGUGUGGGGGAGGAUUUUCGGAGGUCCUUUCAAUGGACCGGCGGACCUUCUGCCGUGGCGAAGGUUGGGACGGGGCGGGAACGGGCCCCAUGGAGUUGGAGAUGCCGUGA